GUUAAAAAUUGGGGAAGUGCCAGAGUUUCGUGGAAAUCCCGCCAAGCGCUGUUUAGUGAAGGAAAAUGAAAACCCGCGAAAAGGCUCCCCAUGUGAAAAUCAGUUGUGUCCUGACCGUUGCCAAGUCUACAGGCAAAACAACAAAAAGGAAGGAAUUUUCUGUAUAUUUAACCCUCUUUAGUUCGUGUUGUGAAGCAUAAAGUCACAGAAAACACAGUAAAGAGCUUGUUUUAUCCCCUCCUUCAAUUAAUGGACAAAUGGUUUGGCGAGAAACGGUUGUGGCUGUUUGGUAAUCAUUUGCCGCUUCUGCCAAGAAGGUCGCGAGGAAGUAGCCGCAUGGAUCGAUAUGAGAAACUUUCUCGCCUUGGAGAGGGUUCCUAUGGAAUUGUGUACAAAUGCCGCGACAGAGAUUCUGGAGAACUUGUGGCUGUGAAGAAAUUCGUUGAGUCUGAGGAUGAUCCGGCCAUCAGGAAGAUUGCUCUGCGAGAGAUUCGACUGCUGAAGAACCUCAAGCAUCCCAAUCUCGUGUGCCUAUUGGAAGUUUUCCGACGCAAAAGACGCCUCCACCUUGUCUUUGAGUUCUGCGAACAUACAGUCCUCCAUGAACUCGAAAGGCAUCCCCAGGGAUGCCCAGACAAUCUCACCAAACAAAUCACGUACCAGACCCUCCUGGGAGUAGCAUACUGCCAUCGUCAGGGUUGCCUGCAUAGGGAUAUCAAGCCUGAGAACAUCCUCCUAACGGCCCAGGGCCAAGUCAAACUCUGUGACUUUGGCUUUGCGCGGAUGCUGACUCCCGGAGAGAAUUACACAGACUACGUAGCCACACGUUGGUACCGAGCCCCCGAACUUCUCGUGGGAGACACUCAGUACGGGACCCCGGUGGACGUAUGGGCGAUAGGAUGCGUCUUUGCGGAGCUUGUCCGAGGAGAAGCACUUUGGCCAGGACGCAGUGAUGUGGAUCAGUUGUACCUAAUCCGACGGACUCUGGGAGACCUUCUGCCGCGUCAUCUGACUAUCUUCAAUCAGAAUGACUUCUUCAAGGGCGUGACGUUGCCUGUGCCACCCACAAUUGAGACACUAGAGGCAAAGAUGCCACCACGCACCCUCCAGAAUCCCCUCAUGAUCGAUUUCCUCAAGAAAUGUCUGGACAAGGAUCCAUCUAAACGAUGGAGCUGCGACAAACUCGCAACGCAUGCCUACUUUGAAGACUAUGCUGCAAAGAUGGGAUCAGUAGUGGAAGCCAAAUCACCAGCCAGGGAGAAGGUUAAGAGUUCGCUGCCCUCCCUGUUGCCUGGUCCCAAUCCGGAAGUGCGAAUGCCACAGAAAAAUGUGAUUUUGCGAUCUGAGCAACAUUUACCGACCAUUUAAACUGAGAACCCCGAGAGUGAUGUUACUUUGCAAAAUUUCUCUAUAUUAGCUUCAUUUCAUUUUUUCCAAACUCAAUGUAAAGAUGAAUGUUGAUUUGUUGAUGGGAAGACUUAAUAAAAUGAUUGAGCAAUAAAAAAAA